AGUAUGGUUUGGUGGAGAUUUUGGAUCUAUUGAUUUGUGUGUAUUAGAAAAUUCUGGGUGAUAUUGGUUUGUGUGCCACGUGCUUGAUCAAUUGUUUCAAUGGUAAAGAAUGUCAUGACUUUAAAAUUAUUAGGAUUAAAUAAGGAAGAAGGAAAUUUGUGACUGUAGAUAAUAUUCCUCGGGUGCCUGCUUGUUCGAAAGCAGGUUCUAGUGACAGUAAGUUUCCCAAGGCUACCUUAUGGUCAAGCUUCUUUACAUCUGGUUUUCCAUUCGUUGAAACAUAUAGUGAAUCAUCGGCUUCUGAAAAGAAAGCAGUUCAUUCUCGAAAUAUCGGGUGGGCAGCUGCUCUGAGGAAAGUUGUUACUGGUGGCUCAAUGAGGAAAAUUCAUGAGCGUAUACUAGGGUCGAGCAGGACUGACAUUUCGAGCUCUGAUGGUGAUAUAUGGUUUCUAGGCAUCUGCCAUAAAGUUUCACAGCAAGAUUCUACUGUAGUAGAUACUAGUAAUGUGUUUGCAGCAUUUGAGCAAGAUUUUUCCUCAAAAAUCCUAAUAACGUAUAGGAAAGGCUUUGGUGCUAUUGGAGAUUCAAAGUAUACUAGUGAUGUUAAUUGGGGUUGUAUGCUUCGAAGCAGUCAGAUGUUUUUUGCUCAGGCAUUACUUUUUCAUAAAUUAGGUAGAUCGUGGAGAAAAACUGUUGAUGAGAAGUUGGUUUCAUCAUAUCUGCACAGGAAAUCUACAGUUUUUAGUUAUCUUCUAAGGAGAGCAAUAUCAAGAGAUAGCAAUCAAGUGAUUGGUGUGGAUGCAAUGCUGGUUGCUUAGCUGGAUGGAGAUAGACUGUGACAAUUGGGACUCUAAAACCUGAACCUGUUUUAUGGCAUGAAGAUUCAGGUAGGAGGAGACAUGCUGAAAACGGGAGGUACACUGAAAAUGGGAGGUACGCUGAAAAUGGGAGGAAUAACCCUCCAGGUAUGAUUUGGUGAUAAGCCCUUUUAAAAAGAUAAGAUACAUACAACAAUUCUUGGAAGACAGAUUUAAAGAUGUGUUGUGUUAAAUUGUGAAAUGGAAAAAAAUAGAUAUGCAAAAUGUAUGAAUUUUGAGAAAUUGUGUAAAAAACAUGAUUUACUCAUAUGAAUAGAAAAAAAAAUGUAUUGUGUUAAAUUGUGUACUCCAUUUUAUUUGA